CCCCGCGAGGCGGUGGGGGCGGGGCUCCCGGGCCGGAGGCGGAGCCCGGGCGUCCGCCAACCGCCCUACUUUUAACUCUCGGGUUCAGAAGACUUGGAAGACUGGACGAACUUCCCAGGCCCAGGCUGGGCAGGCCAAGUUUCCGGAGCCAUAGAAGGGGAUUCUCCAAGAAAGCGAGGACAGGAGGUCGGGAAAUAACAAAUGUCAUCGCACCCUGUUCAAUGUGUUCACUUUCUACUCUGUGAAAACACCUUGGCGCCCCCAGUUGAACUGCAGACUUCCCAGCUAAGGAAAGAGGAAGAUCUUGUCAUUUCUGUCACACAGCGAGAGAGGGAGGUGAUUCCCAACUUAAGUCUACCUGAAUAUUUCCCUGACCAGUUCAUUGGUACUCUUAGUCAGCUGUUAGGGCAAAGCAAAACUGAAUCGACAAGACAGAAUAUUCAAAAGAAGAUUCUCUUUGAAGUCCUAAUAAAAUAUUACCAACACAGAUCCUGCCUGUUAACUGAUGGAUAUACUGACAUUCAUUUAGGAAUUAUUGAACUUCUAGAAAACAACCAGACAACAGAGACACCAGAAGCAACACAACCGUACCUAAAGAUUGUCGUUCAGAUUCUGACCAAUCUUACAGUCUCUCACCGGAUCUUUCCUUUAGGAACCACUCAAACUAAUACUAAUUUUUCUUUUUACGGUGUGAUACCAGAAGAGUGGUCCUGGAAACUCUUGCCAAAGCAGAACUUGCAAGCCAAACGGUUAUCAAAAGCGCAGGCCGAGCAGCUGCUCUGGCCUCGGCUGGAGUACUACCCCGAGCCUUUCAGUCUAUCUCAGUGUUUUCCCUGGGCACACGUACUGCUAAACUAUUUGUGUUAAGCAAAAAGGCAAAUCAUUUACUUAAUUUACUAAGUACUUACAACGUGCAAAGCUUUAAGGAAUGACUAAUGUCUCCUCAUGGCCAGUAAAGAGAAGAAAGCCGACUUAAAGCAACCUGGGUAUUUAUAAGUAUAUUGAUUAAUGUAUUCAAUCAAUUUAUUAUGCAUGGCUAAGCAUUGUUCUACUGGCUUAGAAUAUAAUCUAUCAGUGAAAAAAAUGCAAUGAUCCAAGCCCUCAGGGAAAUUUAUACCUAAAAGCUGAAAGGCAGAUAAUAAAGAUAGAACAUCAAAUCCAACGGUAUGAUAAAAAGUGAUAAAUGCCUUAGAACAAAGGAAAAGAGCUAUUUACAAGGGAUGAUGGGGAAGAGGUAGCCAGGGGCUUACAGGUUAACUAGUGUGACCAAGAUUGAGCCCAAGAAGGAAGAAAGUCUGAGCAGCUACUGGAAGAGGAGUGAGUCCACCAAGCUGCUGGGAGUCGGGGGUUAGGAUGAGAGAAUCGUUUCCAGAACAGAUGAAACGGCAAUUCGUGAAAAGCAGAACGGGUGGUAUGAGAUGAGAUGAGAAAGAUGGCAGUGGGUACCCCAGGCCCAGUGAGGCCGUCACAGGAGAGAAUCACUGGAGAGUUUGAGCCACACGGUGCCUGACUUGACUGGCCUUUAUGAAGACAGAGGGUAGAUGAGAGAGAAGGGAUAAGAGCAAGCACACGUUUUAGGAGGCAUUGAAAUGAUAUGGGCAGGAGGUGCAAAUGAAUUUGCCUCUUCGUGUACAUGACAUGGCUGCUUUGAAGGGCGUGGUUAUUGGUUUGGUUCUUUUGUUCUUCUUCCUACUGUUCCUUCCAUCACAAGUGGCAGCAUUGUAAAGAACCAUAUUGGUUCACUGUUUGUAGUACGCCACUAUGAGAGAAAGGGAACUUGGUGUGAGCGAGAGGAAGUUGGGGUGUAGGACCCAGGAAGCAGGGUUCAUAGAGAUUAGAUUAAGGAGGUAUUUCAGGAGCCUGAGUCGGGAGUCUUUAUAAUAGGGUGCACGCCUGCUCCUGUAAGAGGAUAUCUUACUCAUGUUUUCUACCGUUCAGAGCUGUUUUCUUGCAGACACACCCAGGACCCACUUCUUCACAGUUGUCUAGAUCCCAGCUCCAAUGCUUCCCUUCAGAAAGGUGAAAGCUUCCUUUACUGGCCAAAACAGCUGCCUUCUUUGCUCCAACCUCUGUCCUGCUUUAUGUUUUCUUUUGGCACAUAAAUCUAUACCUAAAAUGAUGUAUUUGCAGAUGUAUUUUUCAUUGUCUUUCUGUCCUCUGAGAUAUAAUUUCAUUAAUAAGGAUAUUAAUAAUAAUUAAUAGUAUAUAAUUAAUUACAAUAAGCAUAUUUACCACCUAGAACAGGACCUUGCACAAAACAAUCACUCGAGUUUUAUGACUGAUUAAGUGGACAGCUGCAAGGCUAAGAAGCGACUAUGGGAAGGAUGUGGGGCCGGGGGUACCACUCAGUGCUAUAGCAGUUGCUUAGCACAUGUGAGGCCCUGGACUUGAUCCCGGCAACAAAAUUUUAAAAAGAAAGGGGGAAAAUAAAGUCUAAAGUAAAAGGGAAAGGCAGCCUGAGAUUGGGGUGAAGGUGCUGUCUGGACAUGAGCUGGCCCUGGUGACUAAGAAGGGUUGGUCUCUGUGACCAUGUGAGCAGAGCAGGUAUAGCUCCCAGGCUAGCGCUGCUCUCUUGAAUUACCUUUGGUACAACUGAAAUUGGAAAAGGAGUGUUGACCCAACUUAGGAAAAUGUUUCAAAGUGUGUUAGAGCCACCAUGGACAAACAGACCAUCUGAUGAUGAUUUAAAGCUCUACAGGCAAAUGGCAUCAUCAAAGUAUACGUAAACUCUAUUAUUCCCGACGAGCAUUUCUCUAACAAUUCAUUAGCCUAAGUUCAAAUAGAGUACAUGGCCGGGAGGCAGUGGCACAGCACUUUAAACCCUGAGCCAGGGGAUCUUUGUGAGUCCGAGCCCAGCCUGAUC